AUGAGCAGCGGCCCCAGCAACGGGCUGUCGCAUUGGGCGCACGAUAGUUCAACUUUGCCCGACGAGGCCGGUCUCCUCGACGAUCUCCAGUAUCAACACCAUCAACAACAACAACAACAUCACCAACUACAGUCGUCCGCCGCCGCCGGCCUCCCGGGUGCGGACUUUGGGCUCUUUGGCCCGGAGUCCGUCCUCGAUCCCACCCUCGCUUUUCUCGACCCUCUUGACCCGUCUCCUUGGGACACGCUGUCGUGGACGUCGCCCGCUUCCGCGACGCCUCACCUCGGUGCCAGUCCCCUCGAUAACUCGCUUGGCCAACCAUUCCCGUUCAUCGACACCUCGCCACCUACCCUCUUCGACACGUUCCCCGACCCCUUCCCAGACACCAACAACCUCUUCCCACCCCAGCUGGAUCCCUCCUUCGCCUCCAGCUCCAGCUCCGGCUCCAACCCCAACUCCAACUCCAACAGCCCGAACCAGCCUCCGCCCCUGGACAUGGCAGCAGCCUACGCCGCUGUCUCUUCGGGGGCCCCGCCGCCGCUGCUGCCGCCCUCCCGCGCCUCGCCCAACACCUCGGACGGCCGGGACUCGGACGUCGCCACGCCCCACGCCGACAAGAUCCUCCGCCGCCAGCGCAACACCAUCGCCGCGCGCAAGUACCGCCAGAAGAAGGUCGAUCGCAUCGACGAGCUCGAGGCCAUGCUCAAGGAGAUGACGCGCGAGAGGGACGACCUGCGCAUCCGCCUCGCGCGCCAGGAGGCCGAGACCGAAGCCCUCAAGAGCAUCAUGCGCGCGGACGCCAAGAAAUAA